CCCUUCCACUUGCUCUCCUGAUUGCCCUGCCGCCAUCCCUCCUCUCCAGCCCUUCGCGCCAUCGACCAUCCGUCCUGCCAGAGCAACGAAGCUCGGUCGCCACAACCAGCCAACACCUGUGCUAGCCGACCGACUUUCCGCCACUUGCAGCUCGCAUCGCAACGCUUUCCUCCCCCUAUCUGUCUCCACGCUCCGGUCUAUCCCCAAUCAAAGCCGGCCCGCGCGUGCCGCGUGCCGCCCGGCGCCCCAUGAGUGGUAAUGUUGGAGUACCUGCGGCACCUGGUGUCCAUGAAGCGGCGGCGCUACAUCCGCGACGGCUACGACCUGGACCUGAGCUACAUCACGGAGCGCGUGGUGGCGAUGUCGUACCCGGCGGAGAGCCUGGAGGCCAUGUUCCGCAACCCCAUGUGGCAGGUGCAGCGCUUCCUCGCCGCCAACCACGCCCACCACUUCAAGGUGUACAACCUGUGCUCGGAGCAGUGGUACGACCCGGCGGUGUUCGGCGGGCGCGUGGAGCGGUUUCCGUUCGACGACCACGGCGUGCCGGCGCUGGAGCUGGUGAUGGCGCUGUGCGAGAGCGCGCAGGACUGGCUGGACCGCAGCGACGACAACAUCAUUGUCGUGCACUGCAAGGCGGGCAAGGGGAGGACGGGCGUGAUGGUGUGCUGCCUGCUGCUGCUCGCUGGCAUGACCACGGACGAUGCGCUCGCGCUCUACGCCCAACGACGCACGCUCAAUAACGCCGGGGUGACGAUCCCCAGCCAGGUGCGCUACGUGCGGUACUGGGCGCGGCUCAUAGCCGAUGCGCAGCGCAAUGCUGCGCCCAUCACACUACCCCCGCCCACCCCGCGCACCGUACGCCGCAUUCGCCUCUAUGGCAUGACUGGACUCGAUAGAGUGGACUUCGUUAUCUGCACUCUUGACGAGGCGGACAAGGAGCGGUACAGUGCGCCAGUGGAGCGGUGCAAGGGCACGUGUGAGAAGGCGCACAUGGGCGUGGUGGCCAGCACUGCGACCACCUUCGUGCACUGGCUCAUCACUCGCCCUGCGCUGCGCAAAACGCUCGCCCUCGACAGAAACAACCUUCUGCCUGUUUCCCCUGCAGAUGCUGCUCCUCCUGCUGCCCCUCGUGCCACUCCUGCUGCUGCUCCUUCUGCUGCUGCUGCUCCUCCUGCCCCUCCUGCUGCUGCUCCUGCUGCAGCAGUGGCGGUAGAGGCGAAGGGAGGCGAGGUGGUGCGAGCAGGGGAGGUGCGGCGGGCGUCCAUGGCCCAACUGGACACGGAGAGGCCGUCCGACCCACACCACCCGCCCCUCCAACACUUCUUCGACCCGCCCUUCACUGUGGAGGGGGAUGUGAGCAUGCGGUUCACGGACAGCAUGGGGUCGCGCCUCUUUGCCGUCUGCUUCAACACCGCCUUCACCAAAGGACUCCUCUCCCUGUCGUUGGGCGAGGUGGACAAGCCGUCGGGGCGGCUGCUGCGGGCGUGCGACAGCAGCUUCUGCAUGGAGGUGCUCUUCGCGCCCGACUGCCCCUCCUCUUCCUCCUCCUCGCCUGCUGCGGCCCGCCCAUGCCUCACACAAGCUGGCUCGUGACCUGCUGGGGAUAUAUGGAGCAGCACAGGGCCGCCAUACAGCCAGCUCUUACCAGCUCUUACCUCUAACCCCCAUAGAAAUGAACGCAGGCAGCCGUGACAGCACCUUAUGGGGCGAUGAGCGCGCGAUUGUCCAUCCCGGCAACUAACCACUGACUGCUCUCACAUGACACCUGACCCUUCACCCCGCCCACUGCAAGCUGCCGCUACCGCACCGCAUAGCAUGGAGCAGCACCCCGUGGGUGCAGGCAGCAGCUGUUGGAGCAGUAUCCUGGACCUGCUACGCCAGGCAUGGCAUCGGCUCUGGCUUGGGGGCAUUCCUAAGCUGUGCUGCUUGCACACACUCCGACCUUGUCAGCGCCGCCAGCAGCAUCUCUGCCUCUGCACAUCCUGUAUUGUUUAUCUAAUUUAAUCAGGGUCUCGCUGCUCCCGUAGUCUCUCGCUGCUGCCUCGAGGCGUAUUCCUGAGGUAGCAUCAGAACCAGAAUCGAACUCAUACGAUACAGUGAUGUGCAAAAGCGAAAUGAGCAGUCUAAUGAGGUUCGGUUUGGUUUUGCACGACUUAGUUUCUGAUUUCGUUUCUGAUGCUACCGUAAUCCCCCGGAUAUAGGCGCAUAUGUGCUUAUAGGAGAUACCUGGCAAAAGUGGAAUGCGCUUGUAAUUGAU